AAGUCCCACGUAAAGUGCCUGGAAGCUGAAAAGUUAAGUACUGAGAUUGAAUUUGCAGACUACAGGAAGGUUGUCCUUAGACAGAAAGUUGAACUUCAGAAUCUACGGGAUCAAGUAAAAGGGGUACAGAAACUUGAAGGACAGGUUAAGCAACACGAGUCUGUCCUACAAGAAGAACAAAUGAACAGAGGAAAGUUUCAACAGGACCUGCAGAAAUGGAUGAAACAGAGUUCAGAUAUGGAGAGCCAAGUGAAGGAACUCUGCAAGCUGUUUGAAGCGCGAAAGGGAGUUGGAACUGCGGUCAGAGAGGCACUGCGAAAGAUAUGUACUGUUCUUAAAGAAGCAAAACAACAGCGGACCAAGCAGGAGGAAGGCAAAGUUAACCUGAAGCUGGACUUGAGGAAAUUGAAUCGGGAGGCAAGGAUGCAUCAGGAGGAACUGCGCAACAGAGCUCAAGCCUUGAUGGGAAACCUUCAGAAAACUCAUCAGGAAAACAAGUUCAUGUUGAAAGAUAUAGAAGCCAUGGAAGAGAAUCGGUCCAAUGUCUCCCAGUGUCUGAAGGAGUUGCAGACACAGCUAGAGAAGCAGAAACAGAGCGGAAAGGAAGCUUUAGUUCAAAAGGAAAGAGUUAAUCAGAAAGGGGACCAGGAGCAUCAGAAGAAAACAGAGUUGGCAUUUAGAGAUGUAAAUGGGGUUAAAUGUCUGCUGCAGGCAAAAGCAGAAGAAGCACCCAAGCCCUCUAGCCAAGAGAAUAGAAAACGGAAGCGCAAGAAUAACGCUUGUACUGUUUCUUUGAAGAAUAGAACGAAUGGUAAGCUAGAGCGCUUGUUACAGAGAAACAGAAGGCGUAAGGUCAAGCUAGAACUAGCUUCACCGCCAGCAACUGAGGGGGAGGAGGCACCUCAGUCAUUUCAAAAUGUAGUGUCAGAGAAGGGGCACUUGCAGAGUUUGCAGCAACCACUGGAAGGGUCGCUGAGUAAAAUAGAACCUGAGCAGACGGAGCUUGUGCAGCUGGAGCCGACGCAGGGGUAUCCUCAGCAGCCACCGGAGAUGCUGCGGAGGAAAAUAGAGCAUACAAUGCUGGAGUACCUUCUAUUGUUGCCAGCAUUACCAACGGUAAACCGGGAGCUUAGGCUACUGCUGAACCCGCAAGAAGGGACAAAGGGGACGCUGGGUUUAGUGGGCAGGCCAGAGGUUAGAAGUGCACCUCCUUAUAGAAGUAUGGAGCUGAUGAGAGGGUCAGCUCACAUCAGAGGCCUGGUCUUUGAUCGGGGCCGACUGAGCCACAAUAGUCCCUGUCACCAGUCUGGAAUGAGUACAAGUGGACUGUGAAAAGGUGUUGGCUAAAAGAAAGCUAACAAAAAGUGGAAGGACAUCAUAAACAAACUGGCAGGUGAACAAAGUAACCAAAUAAUGUAAUGGAUUUUGGUGGGUAUUAAAACUAAAGACGGUGUAAUGAAUGAGUUUGUAAAUGAUAACGGUGUGUUAAUUAAGGGAAAGUAAAUAUAGCAUAGAGUUGGUAUGCCCGACCCCACAGGAUCGUGCAGAGGGGGAGGAUAUGUAAUGGAGUGGGCUUUCUUAUUAAAGUUAUAGAGGCUUUAGGACCCUGGGGAUUAGGAGAGGACACUCCAUCUUGGUAACACUGAAGUAACAGGAGGCCAUUUUGCUAAAGGCCUCCUAAUUGGGUUAAAUUAUUUGUUAAUUGUUUUGGCAGUGGGUCUGAUUGGGGUAAAUUAGAGCCAGCUGCCCACACUUAUGACUGUGGGGCAUAUAAACCUCACAGUUGGUUAAUUCAGGGCUGUCAGGUUGGAGAAGGCAGUCAAGUAAAGUGAGUACUGUGUGUACUGGAUUGUAUGUUUGGGUCGGUAAGCAGCUUAGCUGCCCGACGCUCAGUCAGGGACUGUAUUGAGUUUAGGAAGUACUCCUGAGAGGAGUUAGGUUUUGUUUUGCUUAUUGUGUUUGGCUGUACUUGCAAAUAAAGAUACAGGCACUGUCCUGUUUAACUGAGAACAAAGUGUGAAACUGCUUUAUUGUGUAUCAGAAUACGGGGCUGGUAAGAGCGGACACCUGGAACAGUAA